AUGGGAACUGGAAAGAAAGAGAAGAGCAGAAGAGCCCGAGAGGGCACUGAGCUCUCAUCGCACGGAAACCUCCGUGUCAAGGGAGAGAAUUUCUACCGCGAUGGUAAGAAAGUCAAGAAACUGAGUAUGUACAAGGAAGGUCGUGCUCAGAGAAACGCUAAAGGAGAAAUCACGCAGGCCGCGUCGUUUCAAUCGACCGAGAUCCCUAAUGCGCGAGUCGAGCCCAAUCGUAAAUGGUUUGGCAACACACGAGUCAUUGCUCAAGACGCUUUAAACCAUUUCAGAGAAUCGCUAGGUGCUAAAACCAAGGAUUCGUAUCAAGUUCUGUUACGUCGAAACAAGCUGCCAAUGUCGCUGCUUGAAGAAGCUUCACACGAUGUGCCUACAGUAGACAUUCUGAGUAAUGAGCCAUUUGACCAGACAUUCGGUCCUAAAUCACAGAGAAAGAAACCCCGAACCGUAGUAUCCAGUUUAGACGACUUGGUGACGUCGGUUGACGAGGAUCUGGAAAAGUACGAGGAAAACGUCGAGCACCAGAAACUGCUGUCUGGCGCUCUUGGAGCAUUUGGCGACAACUCGUCGACGGCCGGUGUGGCUAAUACCGACGGGUUCUCGAUCGAGGCUAAAGAACACAUUUUCAGCAAGGGCCAGUCGAAACGUAUCUGGAACGAGCUGUAUAAAGUCAUCGACUCUUCAGAUGUGGUGAUUCACGUGCUGGACGCCCGUGAUCCCAUGGGUACACGAUGUACCUCAGUCGAGCAGUAUAUCAAGAAAGAAGCCCCACACAAGCACCUGAUAUUCGUGCUCAAUAAGUGCGACUUGGUUCCUAACUGGGUCUCGGUAAGUUUUGGAUAUUACGGAGUCGGAUUGCCUCCGGCGGCUGGGGCUGCGCCCCAGACCCCACUGCUCCUCUCGCUGCGCUCGAGUCGGUGA